AUGCACAACUUGUCGCUCUCCGAGCCUGGCGGGGGCAAUGUGUCGUGCGGCGGCUCGGCUCUGGGCUGUCCCAACGGGUCGAGCCCCGCGCCUUUGCCGCUGCCCCGGCCACUGGCGGUCGCAGUGCCUGUCGUCUACGCGGUGAUCUGCGCGGUGGGACUGGCGGGCAACUCAGCGGUGCUGUACGUGCUGCUGCGCGCGCCACGAAUGAAGACUGUCACCAACGUGUUCAUCCUCAACCUGGCUAUCGCCGACGAGCUCUUCACCCUGGUGCUGCCCAUCAACAUCGCCGACUUCCUGCUGAGGCGCUGGCCCUUCGGGGAGGUCAUGUGCAAGCUCAUCGUGGCCGUCGACCAGUACAACACCUUCUCUAGCCUCUACUUCCUCACCGUCAUGAGCGCGGACCGCUACCUGGUGGUGCUGGCCACAGCCGAGUCGCGCCGGGUGUCGGGGCGCACUUACGGUGCUGCGCGCGCUGUCAGCCUGGCGGUGUGGGUGCUGGUGACUCUGGUCGUGCUGCCCUUCGCGGUGUUCGCCCGGCUGGACGAGGAGCAAGGCCGGCGCCAGUGCGUGCUGGUCUUCCCGCAGCCAGAAGCUUUUUGGUGGCGUGCCAGCCGCCUGUACACACUGGUGCUGGGCUUCGCCAUCCCGGUCUCCACGAUUUGCGCCCUCUAUACCACCCUGCUGUGCCGGCUGCGUGCCAUCCACCUAGACAGUCACGCCAAGGCUCUGGACCGAGCCAAGAAGCGUGUGACCUUGUUGGUGACAGCGAUCCUGGCCGUGUGCCUCAUCUGCUGGACGCCUUACCACUUGAGCACCAUAGUGGCACUCACCACCGACCUGCCUCAAACACCGCUGGUCAUCGGUAUCUCUUACUUCAUCACCAGCCUGAGCUAUGCCAACAGCUGCCUCAACCCCUUUCUCUACGCCUUCCUGGAUGACGGCUUCCGCAGGAGCCUUCGGCAGCUGGUAUCCUGCCGUGCUGCCUGAUGCCCUGUGGACCCGAGGCGGCACUGCCAGCUGGUUUCAGGUGAACCCCAAGCAGCAGGCCCGACGUCCUGGACGUCCCGAGGUCCCUUCCCGGCAUACAGAACCUCAAACCCUUCUCAGAACUGAGUGAUCCCGGAUUUCAUCAGCCCUUAGG